GUCUAGAUGUGCUCCAUUAUUGUGAGCGUAGUUCUGUGGCAACUCUUUGCGUGCACUCACACAAAGCAGGGACUGAUCUUCACAGCUGUGAUGGUCCGCGCGUCUCAGCAAUACCACAGCAGUACUUUUAUGAACGGUAGCCUGUCUCUUCCGACGUACUUCGAAACAGAAUAAUGAAAUCGAA